UAAUGGCGGUUAAACAACAAGCAUUUCAUUCUGUCACACUGACAUGUUUAGUUUCAUCACUUCUCUUCCAAACUUGUCGGACUCUUGCCGAAGAACUGAAGUGGGAUGAGAAUGGCUACGUGUUGUACUGCCCGUGCAUGGGUCGCUUUGGAAACCAGGCAGACCACUUCCUGGGAUCUCUGGCCUUUGCAAAGAUGUUGAACCGAACCCUGGCAGUCCCUCCCUGGAUAGUGUACCGCCACCACACACCCCCUUACACCAAUGUCCAUGUUCCCUACAGGGAGUUCUUCCAGUUAGAGGCCUUGUCUGCCUACCACCGUGUGGUCAGUUUGGAGGACUUCAUGGAGCAGCUGGCUCCCAAAUACUGGCCAUCAGGACAGAGGAAUGCCUACUGCUUUGAGACUGCUGCACAGCGCAGUGCAGACAAGAAAUCCUGCCCUAUGAAGGAUGGAAACCCAUUUGGUCCAUUCUGGAAGUACGUUGGUGUGGAAUUUGACAAGUCUGUCUUGUUUGGGGGUAUUUCUUUUAGUGCCUAUCACCAGCCUCAGUGGAUGAAAAAGUUCCCUCCCUCUGAGCAUCCUGUCCUGGCUCUGCCUGGGGCUCCUGCCCAGUUCCCAGUGAUAGAGGAGCAUGUGGGCCUGCAGCGCUAUGUGGUGUGGUCAGACAACAUGGUGAAGGAGGGAGAAGAGCACAUUGCUAACUUGCUUACCAGGCCAUAUGUUGGCAUCCACCUGAGGAUUGGCAUCGACUGGCAAAAUGCAUGCAAAAUGCUGAAGAGUGGCGACACAGGGCCUCACUUCAUGGCUUCUCCUCAGUGUGUCGGCUACAACCGGCAGACAGCCCUACCUCUCACCAUGACCAUGUGCCUUCCUGACCUGGCAGAGAUUCGUAGGGCUGUCAAGCUGUGGGUGAAGAAGACCUCUGCCCGCUCUGUCUACAUUGCCACUGACUCAGAAUCCCACAGUAGGGAUAUUGAAAAGCUCUUCAAGGGCAAGGUGAAAGUGGUGAGUCUCCAGCCAGACUCGGCCCAGUUGGACCUGUACAUCUUGGGCCAAGCUGACCACUUCAUCGGAAACUGCGUCUCCUCCUUUUCCGCCUUUGUGAAGAGGGAGCGAGACGUCCAUGGCCUCCCAUCUUCCUUUUUUGGCAUGGACAAGCCUGGGAAAUUAAAUCCUAAAGUAGAACUCUGAAUACAGCUGUCAUGUUAUCACUCUCUGGACACUUAUGCUGGAUGACUGUCGUGAGGAGGCAUGUGAAAAACAGAGGAUACAUGACGGUUCUUAAUGAGUGAAGCAUGAUAUGAAAUUGAGGCACAGAUUGGUUCUAUUUUCGAACGGGUUUUAAUCUAUGAGAACUGAGGAAGAGCUUAUAAAAUAUGAUGUAGCAGGUCAGUAUCAUUAAUGCUUUUGAAUUGUUAUGAAAUGCUGCUGCUACAAAGAAACACUAAGUUUUUUGUCUGUCCCCUGCUUGGAAAUCCUAUAUCUUUAUGUUCCCUCUCAAAUAUAAGGAUUCUACCUGCUUUUGUUCAUUAUAGUAAAGCCAGUUUUCCUCUCCAUGUGGGAAACACAUGGUUUCCAUGACAUUUCCUUUAGCCACAACUGUAUUCUGUAGCUGCCAUCAUGUUUUGCAGUCCAGACAUGUUAGCAGGACCUCUGAUGACCUCAGCGAACUCUGGAAAAAGCAAAUUGCAGUGUCAGCAAUCAUGGAUCAUGUUCUCCCUCUCUCUUUUGCCCUCUUCUCUUUCUCUUCCUAAUGUUCUGUCCCUCCAUCUCUUUGCAGCUUGCUCUUUCCUCUCUGCCCUCCAUUCCAAGGAGUGCACAGUAACUGAUCCUCCUGUACAUACUAAUUAUAGGGAGGGAAAAGGAGACAGUCUUUCCACCUCUCAAUUUACCAGGACCAAAAAACGGAUGAAAUGUGUGGAACCGUGGUCUGAGUGUUACAUGAACAGUGUUGUUAUUCAGUGAAUGUGAACAAAUGUUUUAAGGAGACAGAAGAGUUAAUUUGCACUGGUUGAACUGAUUAAAUGUAUGUGGGAAUGUGUUACAGGCUAAUUGUGUUCCUCAGUGUGAAAGCAGUGAAUGCAGUGAUGUUGAAGUCACAAGUUUUCUAUAAUGUUUUUCACCAAUAAAGAUAUACACAAUAAUUUUGAAAGAACCAACAGCCGCCGCCCGUUUCCGUCCUUUACUAGAAGCUU